AUGGAUGAUUUCUUUCCAAUAGAACAAUUUGACAAAGUCUAUUUAGUAGAUUUAUGUACACCAUUAUGUAAAAUAGCAGAAUCUAGAUUUAACGCCAGAGGAUGGAGCAAUGUCUACGUAAUUUGUGAUGAUGCUCUAUCGUUUAAGCUACCAAAAAUAGAAAACGAUAUUGGAAAAAUUGAUUUGGGUUUUAAUGGACGUAAUCAUUUCUUGAUUCCUUAUUUAGUCCAGAUCCCUUAUUAUGUUUGGUUAGGUACUAACAAAUCCUCAACUUCCACUUCUCAUACUAACUUAACUACUUUGGAAAAUUCAUUCGUAGUUUUAGAUCACUUAGAUUA